CACCUUGUUAAUUCAACUUAAACAAAAGCAAAAAAAAUCCGACAUAAAAAAUUCACAAUUUUAUUCAAAGUAUAUUUAAUAAGAAUACGCCUUGAUUUUAUCAAACGCAUUAGGAAUUGCAAGAAAUCGCAGAAAAUUUAAGAUAAAAACCUAUUUUAUUGGUUUAAACUAGUUUAAAAGUUUCGUAAGAUUAAUAUAUACAAUACGGAUAUAAUGAACAAUUACUACGAGCGUCCUCAAUACAGGAUUAUUGAUGAACUAGCCUACACCGAAGACAAUAUAUUAGUUUAUAAUGUAUUCGUUAGCAAUUUACCCAAAGAUGCUACGACAGAAAAUCUUAAGGAAAUUUUCCAAAAGUUUGGUGAAGUUGUAAAUGUCCGUUUGCUGAUAAACCGCAGACGAAGAAAUUGUAGUAUAAGCUUUGCUGAUGCUAGCGUGGCAACGGAGGUUUUGCAAUACUGCUCACCACAGUAUUUUCGAAAUUGUCGUAUGGAUAUAGAAUGCAUUCACAGUAUACAUCAACCAGGUGGACAGAGACUUAUUGAACUACUAAGUGAAAACUCUAAAAAUGAUUCAAUAAAUGAUAUCGCUAGCUGCACUACUCAUUUAGAACAAAAUGCCUUGAUUUUCACCUUAAAUGAUGAUUGCCUAGAACACAUUUGCAAAAAACUCGAUCUAAACGAUCAAAUUAAUUUUGCUCUUUCAUGUCAACGUUUUUGUGAAAUUUUAAAGAUGAUUUCACGUGUUGAAUACCAACAUUUCAACACAUACAUUUUGUCUCAGUUAACACCAUUUAAAGCUGUGAUAUUUCUUAAAAUUGUGGGACCACAAAUAAAGACUUUGACGGCCUCUGGUUAUAUAUAUAUAGAUGUUAAAUUUUUGACCUUAUGUACAAAUGUAGAAAAGCUUAAAAUAAGUAAUUGCCUUAUACACAUAAGCAAUAAAUUAAUUGCAAAAAUGCCACUACUUAAUGAACUAGAUAUCGAUGAUAUUGAUUUGAAUUUGAUCAAUCUUUUAAAAACAUUGAAAAAUUUUAAGAUUUUAAAUAUUGACUGUAAUAGAAAUAUAACAGGCAAAAAUAUUCACUUUCUUAGUGGUCUGGAAAAAUUAUCCCUGAACGGAUGUGAAAACAUAGCUCCGUGGAAUUUUAAAAAGAUUUGUCAAAAUCUUAAAAAACUACAAUAUCUCGAUAUUAGAGAUUGUAAUCUAUUGAAAACGGAAGAAUUUGAACUUAUUCCACAGCAUCUAUUACACUUGGAAAUUCUGAAAAUUUCUUUUUCAGCAGACCAAACUAUCAACUGUAUUGCUCAAUUGCCCAAACUCAAGCACUUGGAAAUAAAGUAUAAUGAAAUGUGUACAUUUCAGAAUAUUUACUUUAAAAAUGAUUUCAAUGCAGAUGAUACGUUUUUCAAGGAUUUAGGACAACAGCAAGCGGAACAAUUAGAAGAACUGAAGUUGACGAAUAUUUGGUAUUUCAGUGUAGAAAUGGCCGUAUCAGUGGCUAAGUUGCAAAAAUUGAAAGUUUUAUAUUUGAAUAAUUGUAAAAUCGAUAACGAAUCUUUGGAGAAAUUCUCACAAUUAACCGCAUUAGAAGAGCUUAAUGUUCUCGAUUGCAGUGCCAUCACCAAUGUGGGCGUUCUACAACUUUUAGAACAUGGUGUAACAUUAAAACGUAUUAAUUUAUCAAUUUGCGAAGGCAUAACACCUGACCUUGUAAAUCAAGUUUUUAAAUUGUUGAAAGAACAACGUGAUUGUUAUUUGCGCACAGAUCUCUUGCAUAUAACUCUUGCUUUUACAUAUUUGUGUUUAAUUGAUGAAAUUGGCUUAGAAGAAUCGCCAGAUGUGCUUAAAAUAACGUUGAAUGAUCAUUAUUUAGUACAGCAUUUUGAUGAUUCUUAUCCACCUAGUGAAUUGGAAGAAGAUGACUUUAAUUACUCUGGUGGUGAAUGUUAUGACUAUUUUCGAAGUAAGAGAGACUAUUCGGAUUAGCUAUUGUUCAAAUUUCUUGAACAAACGUUGUUCUGCCAUAGCUGUUUGAAGUUUGAAGACUCCCACUAUAAUAGUACUGCAGAUAUGCAAUAAUAAAUUUUUAUUUCGUAUGGGAGGUGCCACGCCCAUUGUACCUAUAUAUGUCAAUUGUGAAUCUAAACCAUCCAGGGACAAACUCAAACACACACAAAAAAUUUCAUCGAAAUCGGCCCAGCCGUUAAAGAAGAGUUCAGUUACUAACACAUCAAAAUGUACACUUCUUUUUAUAUAUAAGAUUUUAUAUUGUAAGCAAAAUUAA